AUGACUACUGACACAGAAGAAACGUUCCUAGACAUUGUAUCCGGCCCCCGCCAUAAAGGUUUCCUCUUCCUCAUUUUUUCCACUGUCACUCGCCUCGAAUCACACACCACGCACCUGCGCGCCCUCCGCAACGAAAAAUUACGCGGCAGCCCCACUCCAAGCGCCAUGGAACUCAUCGCCGAGAAGAUCUUUCGCAAGUCCAGAACUCGCCGUGACUACCUGUGGGAUAUUAUGGAGGAGAAGGUGGACAUGACUAAUGUUGUGGAGAGAGCCAUAUGGGUCAAAAAGAAGAAGGCCGUGUUGGGAGAUGUUAUGGGCGGGCUGGUGGAGUAUUUGGAGGAAUUGGGAGACGAGGAGGGGUGGAAGGAGAGGGAGGUGAGGGAGAUGGGGGAGAGGUGGGAGAAGAGGUGGAGGGUGUAUGGUGCGAUGGACAGGGCGGAUCUGAAGAAGGCGGGGUGGAUUCUGGAUGUUGGAAAGCGAGAUGGGCGUGAUCCAUCCGACUUCAACAACGAUGGACACCGCACCCUCGCCGUGCGGCCAAGAUACUCUGAACGAACCAAGAGCUCCGCGGGCUACGACUCCGGCAUCCGUGGUGGCGUCAUUUACUGCCCACCCACACGCCCGGGGCUGCGCCAGGGUCCCAUGUCGGGCUCUUACAUUGGAGAUCCCUUCGCAGGACUCGAUGAACUCCCUCGCCGAGCCGAAGUCUACGAAGUGCCUGUGUCGUACACCUCUGAUCUCGACGGGAUGCGAAGUAGAUCCUCGACGCAGACUUCCCGACCGAGUUCCAGGGGGUCUGAAUAUGUGUACACCGAGUACGAAGACGACGAGGAGAGGGAGCGAAAGCGGUUUUUGGGGACGGAGCUGUAUGGCUAUGUGAUGGCCAUGCGACUCAAGGACCGCCUUUUGGAGGUGCGUCAGGUCCUGCAGUUGUACAAGGACUUCGAUCGUGCAAGUGGAAGUAUCUUUGUGAUCGAGACGCAGAGGGACUUCAUCGAAUUGAUCCGCCAAGCAAUCGAAGCUACCAGGGAAGUAGAAAAGCCAUUGCGCAGAUGGGCCGAAGCGGGGAAAAGCAAAACCGAAAGAGGAUACUUCACCCACAAGCUUCUCGAGACAGCAUCCGAAGUCAUCAGACUCUGGCAAAAGCGUUUCGAUUGGAUCAGAACCCGCUCCGACGAGAUGCUUUACGCGCAUGGUGCAAAGGGCUCCAGCAACCGACCGACGUACACCACGAGGAGGGAAAAGUGCUUGUCUUCUGUUGACGAGGCUUCGAUGCUUCUCAGGGCGAGAGAGAUGGAUGAGAUUAUGGAAGGAGUACAGGAGUUGGGAGAUAGAUUGAAAGGGGAGUGGAAACGCGAUGGGAAGUUGAAACCGGAUGAGAUGAUGAAAAGGAAGGGUUUGAAAUGGGGGACGUUAGUUGGGACUGGGAGGACUUUGUAG